CCCUGACCUCAAAAUUUUUGAUCCUGUUCUAGAUAUAAUGAUCAACACUGUUCUAAAAAUGUACAGUUAUUUGAAAUGAUUUUGUGAUUUUUGUCACAUUUUCUCAUUGUUUAGAGUUGAAAGUUAUGUUUUUAACACGAUUACAUCUUUGUACCUGUAAGUAUUGCUUAAGCCAUUUUGCCUUUUCUUCUGGACAAUUCACUUAACUGAUCCAGUAAAAGUACAGGGAGACCAAAGAAGACUUGGUUGACUUAGAUUACAAACUUCACUUACUAAUUUGUUUCGUUCCAGGCUUUGUGGAUGCAACAAAUUUAACUGCAAUUUGCUUUAGCAAUGGCUGUCUAUCUUCUUCUGAUCUCUUCCUUUCUUUUUCUGCAACAAUUUUCAGCCAUUGCUCAAACUAAUGGUAACAUAACUGUUGGAGGUUUUCUAUCAGCAGCUGAAAAUUCUUCUUCAUGGAUUUCUCCGUCUGGAGAUUUUGCCUUCGGUUUUCGCCCUAUUGACAACAGUAGCGAGCUCUUCUUGCUCUCUAUAUGGUAUGAUAAGAUACCAUCCAAAACCAUCGUUUGGUUUGCAAAUGGAGAUAAGCCUGCACCAAGAGGAUCCAGAGUAGAGCUAACUUCUGAUAGUGGGCUGGUUCUGAGAAGCCCUCAAGGCGAUGAAUUAUGGAAAUCUGAUCCCGUUAGCGGUACUGUUGAUCUUGGUGUUAUGAGUAAUACAGGCAACUUUGAGCUUUACAGCAGCAGUUCAGAUAAGGCAUGGGAGAGCUUCAGGCAUCCUGCGGAUACCAUGUUGCCUUCACAGACAUUGGAAUCUGGGGAGCUGCUUUCUCCUAAACUGUCUGCGACUAAUUUCUCCAAGGGAAGGUUUCUAUUGGGGAUGAGAGCAGAGGGGAAUCUUGUGCUUACUACCUUAAACCUGCCCACUGACAGUACCAAUGAUCCUUAUUAUGACACUAAAACUACUGAAGCUACUUCCUCUGGUGAAAGGGUGGUCUUCAAUGAGUCCGGCUACUUCUACUUAUUGCUUAGUAAUGAUCAAAGAUACUUUCUAACCAGCAGAUCAAUCAACCCUUCAGCUAAGGACUUUUACUACAGAGCGACCAUCGAUUUUGAUGGAGUCUUUACUCUGUAUCAGCAUCCUAAGAAUUCCAGGAAUGAAAGCUGGACGGCUCUUUGGUCCAUUCCGGAUGAUAUAUGCAAGGCAAGUUUCACUGGAAUUGGCAGCGGCACUUGUGGUUUUAACAGCUUUUGUAGACUGGAAGGAGACAAUAGGCCCAUCUGUGACUGCCCAAAAGGGUACUUAUUAUCUGAUCCGAACAAUAAGUAUGGUGACUGCAAACCCAACUUCACGCAGAGCUGUGCAGAAGACGAAGAGGGUUCUCCAGCAGAUUUAUAUGAUCUUGAAGAAGUCAUAAACACUGACUGGCCAACAUCUGAUUAUGCACUCUUGCAGCCUUUUACUGAACAGCAGUGUAGAGAAUCUUGCUUACAGGAUUGUAUGUGUGCUGUUGCUAUUUUUCGAUCCGGUGAUAUGUGUUGGAAGAAGAAGUUACCACUAUCAAAUGGGAGAUUUGAUAAUACUCUUAAUGGUAAGGCUCUUAUCAAAAUCACGAAAGGUAAUCCUCCUUCCAGAGGUGAUCCGGUUUUGCCGAGAUCAGAUAUGAAGAAUCAGAAGAACAAAGACAAUGUGAUCAUUGUGGGAUCUGUACUUCUUGGUGGCUCAGUUUUUUUCAAUGUUAUACUGGUUACUGCUGUUUGUCUUCGCUUUUUCCUUGUUCAUAAAAAGGUACAUAGACAAAUUCCUCACCAUGAUGAUGUUGUGGAAACAAAUUUGCGUUGCUUUAGUUAUAAAGAACUUGAAGAAGCUACAGAUGGAUUCAAGGAAGAACUGGGAAAGGGAGCUUUUGGCAUCGUUUACAAAGGGCUCAUUCAAAUGAGUAUUGUCACUCCGGUUGCUGUGAAGAAAUUGAAUUCUUUGGGGACAGAUACCGAGAAGGAAUUCAAAACUGAAGUAAAUGUUAUUGGCCAAACUCAUCACAAGAACCUGGUUCGCUUGAUUGGAUUUUGUGAUGAUGGGGUGCAUCGUUUACUUGUAUACGAGUUCUUGAGCAAUGGCACUUUAGCAAGCUUCCUUUUCGGUGAUUCAAAACCUAAAUGGAGUCAGAGAAUACAAAUUGCUUUUGGGAUUGCAAGAGGACUCUUGUACCUACAUGAAGAAUGUAGCACACAAAUUAUCCAUUGUGAUAUAAAGCCUCAAAACAUACUUCUUGAUGACUACUACACCGCUCGAAUCUCUGAUUUUGGAUUGGCAAAACUUCUGAUGCUUGGCCAGAGCUAUACACACACCAAUAUUAGAGGAACCAAAGGGUAUGUUGCAUCUGAGUGGUUUAGGAACUUGCCCAUCACAGUGAAAGUGGAUGUGUUCAGCUUUGGUGUGCUGCUUUUAGAGAUCAUUUGUUGUAGAAGGAAUGUGAACAUGGAAGUAAAUGGUGCUGAAGCAUUGUUGACAGACUGGGCUUAUGACUGCUAUUAUGAAGGAAGAUUGGAUGAUCUGGUGGCGUUUGACAAGGAGGCCUUAAAUGACAAGAAUAAGGUUGAAAGAUUUGUGAUGGUUGCCCUUUGGUGCAUUCAAGAAGAUCCAUCUCUUCGGCCGACGAUGAGGAAGGUCACUCAGAUGCUUGAAGGAGUUGUUGAAGUACCAGUUCCUUCAUGUCCAUGCCCAUUUACCAUAACAAAUUGAUCAAACUCCAGCAUUGUUCUUUGCUCUUCCUUCCUUUAUAAUAUUAAUAAUGUUUUGUACUAGUUAGAUGGUGAAUUGCAAGGGUGAUGGCCCAAUUAGAUGCUAAGUUGUUUAUGCUUUCAAACGGUAAAUAAGUGAGGUUUUCAUUUUGUAAAA